AUGUCCUUGCCAAUAGCAAACGAUUUGGACGCAACGUGGAAUUUCAUCCAACCCGGCCUUGAGUACAUUCUUGGGUCCCAUGAGGAUCAAGGGGUGACCUCCAAGAUGUACAUGAAUUGCUACACGGCAGUGUACAACUUUUGCGUCAAUAAGUCCAGAAGAAGCAACAACGACCACCAUUCUACUGCGAAUGAGUCUAACCUGUACUCAUUGGCAGGAGCUGAGAUCUAUUCUCGAUUGGACAAGUACUUGACGGAAUUCAUCAGAAACUUGAAGAAAGAUCCUAAGGAUACGUUUUUGGAGUUCUAUGUAAGAAAGUGGACCCGUUUCACUAUUGGAGCAGGAUACCUCCACAAUGUUUUUGACUACAUGAACCGUUACUGGGUCCAGAAAGAAAGAUCGGACGGAAGAAAGGAUAUCCACGAGGUGAAUACUUUGGCAUUGAACAAGUGGAAGACCGAGAUGUUUAAUGACAACGCUGAGGUAUUGAUCUCAGAGAUCUUGGACUUGAUCGAGAAACAAAGAAACAACCAGAUCGUCAACACUCAAUUGAUUUCAAUUGCCAUUAAGUCCUUGGUGUUUUUGGGCCUUGAAACUCAGGAUUCCAAGAAACCCAGCUUGGUUGUAUACAUCACUAAUUUCGAAAAGGCAUUUUUAGAGAAGACCAGUCAAUACUAUAGCAAUGAGAGUGCAAAGUUUUUGAGUGAAAAUAACGUGGUUGAAUACAUGAAGAAGUGUGAAAGCCGCUUGUCUGAAGAAAUAUCCAGAUCUAAUAACUAUUUGGAGGAUCACACCAAGAAGUACUUAUUGGAAACCUUGAACAAGGUUUUGAUUGAAGACCAUUCGCAAGAAAUGUACAACCAGUUCUUGACAUUGUUGGAGCAGAAUGAGAUUGAUCACAUCCAAAGAAUGUAUAAAUUACUUUACAAGGUUCCUAAGACUAUUGAUCCUUUGGCAGACACUUUGGAAAACUACAUAAAACAACAAGCAUUACUAUCAAUCGAAGAUAUGAGAAUCUCUAUGGAGGCAGCUCAAGAUAAUUCUACGACAACCGCAUCCAAACCGAAGAGGGCUCUGUCCGCAGUUGAUCCUAAGACUUACAUCAACACCUUGAUCACUAUCUAUUUGCAAUUCAACGAGAUUGUCAUCAAAGCAUUCAACAAGGAUCCAAGAUUCAUUAAAGCGUUAGACAACGCUUGUCGGUACUUUGUCAACAACAACCCAAUCGCAUUACCAACUCCAAAAUCUGCUUGUAAGACUCCAGAGCUUUUAGCCAAAUACUCAGAUUUAUUCUUGAGAAGCAACAGCAAGGAGUCCGAUAUAAUUGACAUGAAUGGUGACAAUUUGAUGAUAAUUUUCAAAUUCAUCAACGAUAAGGAUUCUUUUGAAGAAUUUUACCGUCGUCAAUUAGCCAAGAGAUUGAUCAACAGCAAUAGCAAGUCCGAAGAAUUAGAGGAGAGUAUAAUUCAAAGAUUGCAAGAGGAAAACUCGAUUGAGUAUACUUCUAAGAUGACCAAAAUGUUUUCCGACAUGAAGGCCUCUGAGGACUUGAAAUCCAAGCUUAAUAUGAACAACCUGAUUGUUAAAGAUUUCAAUCCAUUAAUCUUGGCUCAAAGUAUGUGGCCCUUUAAUCAUUCCAAAGAUUAUAACUUGAAUGUCGCUUCUGAAUUGAUAGAACCAUUUGACAAUAUUGUUAAGGCAUAUGACUCUCAACAUAAUGGAAGACAGUUGAAGUGGCUCUGGAACCACGGGAGAGCGGAGGUGAAGGCGAACUUGUCCAAGAAAGGAAAGCCACCAUUCCUUUUCACGGUCAGCAAUAUCCAAUUAAUGAUCUUAAUUGCGUUCAAUAAGAACAAUACUUAUACUCUUGGAAAUCUUUAUGAAAUAGUUGGGACAUCUAGACAUAUUUUUGAAUCUCAUUUGUUACCACUUAUCAAGUACAAGUUAAUCGAACAAUCACCCGCAGGUGAUCUUUCCAAUGAUGAUAUUACCCUUACCAUUGUCGAGGAAUACAAGUCGAAGAAGUUGAAGGUCAAUUUCAUCAGUGUAAUUAAGAAUACCGAACCAAAGCAGGAAGAAGAAGAGGCUACCAAGGAGAUUGAUGAAACAAGAAAGAACUUCUUGUCUGCAUGUAUUGUCAGAAUCAUGAAGUCUAGAAAGGUGGUUAAGCAUAACGACUUGAUCAACGAAGUCUUGCCACAAACCCUGUCUCGAUUCAGGGCCAAGAUCAUUGACGUAAAAAGGGUGAUUGAUCAGUUGAUCGAGAAGCAGUACAUACAAAGAGUGGAGGGUAACAGUUACGAGUAUCUUUCUUAG